AUGGUUCAAAAACUUCACGGAGGGGUGACGAAAGUUCAACCUGUGUUCAGUUAUCCGGGCACCAAAUCUGUCACCGUGGUCAUCGGAAAAGGAGAGCGACAGCGCGAAUUCCUCGUUCACCAGAAAUUGCUCUGCGAUAACUCAAAUUUCUUCAAGAGAAUGCUUCCAGUCGAAGACGGGCCAGAAUAUCACGAGGUUGGGGAACAGCCACAUGCUGCGGCGGACGAAGGCUUCGUUCAUGUUGGAGAGCAAAAAUACUGGCUUCGAGAUGAAGAUCCGCUUCCCUUUUUUCUCAUCCAGGACUGGCUCUAUUCGGGGCGUGUACGGGCCUUGUCUACCUACACGGCCUAUACUACGCAGUGUCCUGAAGACGUUAUCUGGUUAAAGGUGUACAAAAUGGGAGUCCGACUGGAAAUGGACCCUGUGCAAGUUCUGGCGACGGAGAAGUUCCACGAGAUGUUUUCUAGUGCAUCAUUGGCCUUACCAACCAAGGAUUUCAUCACUGCUUUGUUCCUUGACAGUCCUGAGUCAGUUGUGGCGCAGCUGGAGUGGUACAUUUCAGCCCAUGUUGCGUUUUGCAUCCUCCACACCCGUGGCACUUGUUGCUUGGCCGAUUACUUCGACAAUGAGCGUUUCGCCAGGGCGGUGCUUCAACGCAUGGUCAACUACAUGCAAAAUGGCCUUCAGCAUCCAGCUGCUGAUCCGCGACUUUCUGCCCAGCAGAUGGCAUUUCAUCACAACCCAGUCGACAAAGUCUCUUCUGACGACAAUUCCGGUGCGUGGAUCAACCAGCUUGAGGACUGGGGCUUCACGUUGCACGAUUCAGCUCCUGCACUACCUCCUCGGGAUGAAGCCAGGCGAUCAGUGGCAGCCAAAGUUCGCUUCGCGACCGGUCUGCAGCAAGAGCUGCCAGGGAACGCAUGUGGAAUUUGUGGGCAAAUUUUGAACACAAUGCGCGCAACUACCGUCGUAGGACCAGCAGUGAAACAGAAUGCCACAGAACCACUCCGGAACCGAGGCGUUUGCGGAUACGGCAGCGUCAAAUCAACUCGCGACCGCUUUCUGGACAGACUGGACGGACUUGAUACGUACAGAGCCAAGCGAGCACAGGCUGAGACGGCACAUGGCAAUCAGGCAGCUAGGGCACCCCAGCCAAAUGUGGCCGGCAACAAGAAAGGGCCCACUUACUGGAAUGAUAGCUGGACUGUUGAGUGGGACUCUUUUUGGGAUUGA